AUGACGAUAAGUGUCGACUUCCGCCAAGGUGCCGUAAACUCCUUCGCAGCAUCCGGCUCCCCGAGUUACAGCAGCAACGGCGUGUCCUUUGCCGUCUCCCGAAGCCGCGACGCACCGCAGCUCGCGUCUGUCUUCUACAUCAUGUUUGGCCGCGUCGAAAUCACCAUGAAGGCCGCGCCUGGUGCCGGAAUCGUGUCCUCCCUGGUCCUGCAAGCCGACAGCCUCGACGAGAUCGAUAUCGAGUGGCUUGGCUCCAAUCCGGACGAGAUACAGUCCAAUUACUUUGGAAAGGGCCAAACCACCACCUACAACCGCGGCCAAUUUCACGCUGUCAGCGGCACGCAAGCCAAUUUCAUCACUUACACCAUCGACUGGACUCAGGACCGCAUCGUGUGGAUGGCCGGUGACAAGGUCCUCCGCGAACUCAAGGCCUCCGACGCCGAAGCCAACCAGUACCCGCAGACGCCGAUGCAGGUCAAGUUCGGCGCCUGGGCCGGCGGUGACGCCAGCGCCAACGCCCCGGGCACGGUGGACUGGGCCCGCGGACCGACCGACUUCUCCAAGGGCCCCUUCAGCAUGCUCGUGCAAAAGGUCGUUGUAACAGACUACUCCACAGGCAAGCAGUACAAGUACAAGGACACAUCCGGGACCUGGCAGUCCAUCGAGGCCAUAGACGGCUCUGUCAACGGCAACUUCAACAAGGCCAACUCCCUAACCGUCACGGCCACCCCCCCUGGAGCCGCUACCACGGGCAUCGUGCCCAUUCCCGUCGGGGGCAUGGCCAAGGACGGGAGCCCCGCGACCGCCACGCGGACUGAGUGGCCGUGGGUGGCCGGCGCGAGUCCCAGUGGUGGCCCCCUCCCCGGCGGCUGGCAUAUGACUCCCAACGGCAAGAUCAUGCGCAGCAACGCCUCAGCGUUGCAAAAGUCGACCUCCCUUGCCACGGUCAUUCUGGGACCUGUGAUGCUGGCCUGGGCGGUGUUGUCCCGUCUUUGGUAG